AUGGAUUGUGAGAAGAUGAUGAAGAGAAGUGAUGAAGAUGUUUACGUUGGUCUUGCUGUUCAUAGCCAAGUGAUUAAGAUAAAACAAGAAAUAGAGAAAAUCAAACAUCCAUCGUUGGAGGCUGAUUUGUAUAUGACAAGACUCAAAGAUGUUAAGCGUCUUCGUUCUCGUUCUCCUCUUGGAUUAUCAGAAAGAACUAUCCUUCUUGGUCACUCUUAG